ACCAUGCCUUACAACUGCUGCCUUCCCAACCUGAGCUGCCGCUCCACCUGCUCCUCUCGGCCCUGCGUGCCUCCCAGCUGCCACACCUGCACCCUGCCCGGGGCCUGCAACAUCCCCGCCAACGUGGGCAACUGCGGCUGGUUCUGUGAGGGCUCCUUCAAUGGCAGUGAGAAGGAGACCAUGCAGUUCCUGAACGACCGCCUGGCCAGCUACCUGGAGAAGGUGCGCCAGCUGGAGCGGGAGAAUGCUGAGCUGGAGAGCCGCAUCCGGGAGUGGUGCCAGCAGCAGGUGCCCUUCGUGUGCCCCAGCUACCAGUCCUACUUCCGGACCAUCGAGGAGCUCCAACAGAAGAUCUUGUGCAGCAAGGCAGAGAAUGGCAGGUUGGUGGUGCAGAUUGACAAUGCCAAGCUGGCCUCAGAUGACUUCAGGACCAAGUAUGAGAAGGAGCUGGGCUUGAGGCAGCUGGUGGAGUCAGACAUCAACGGCCUGCGCAGGAUCCUGGACGAGCUGACACUGUGCAAGGCUGACCUGGAGGCCCAGGUGGAGUCCCUGAAGGAGGAGCUGCUGAGCCUCAAGCAGAACCAUGAGCAGGAAGUCAACACCCUGCGCUGCCAGAUCGGAGACCGCCUCAACGUGGAGGUGGACGCGGCCCCCACUGUGGACCUGAACCGCGUGCUCAAUGAGACCAGGAGCCAGUAUGAGGCCCUGGUGGAGACCAACCGCAGGGACGUGGAGGAAUGGUUCACCACCCAGACCGAGGAGCUGAACAAGCAGGUGGUGUCCAGUGCAGAGCAGCUGCAGUCCUGCCAGGCAGAGAUCAUUGAGCUGCGACGCACAGUCAACGCCCUGGAGAUCGAGCUGCAGGCCCAGCACAACCUGAGGGACUCCCUGGAGAACACGCUGACGGAGACCGAGGCACGCUACAGCUCCCAGCUGUCCCAGGUGCAGUGCAUGAUCACCAACGUGGAGUCCCAGCUGGCCGAGAUCAGGAGUGACCUGGAGCGCUGUCAGCCUGCCAGGCAGCACCUCCCUCCUGAAUUUUAUCUUCGAUGGGCCAGUGUUUCCAAACCCAUCACUUCAGAGGGCUCUGCAGCUUGGACCUGCUCCAACCCUCUGGAAAAGGGUCUCAAGGAGCAAUGGUUGGGUGCCAGCUUGCCCCCUGGGAACUUUCUUGUGAUUGCACUACUGCAGAGGCUCAAAGAUUGUCCCGGUGCUGGCUUGCCCCAGAAAAAGUUCAUGCAAUCACGUGGCAGCAGAGCUUCAGGGAUUAUGGUAAAUCACAACACACAACUGGUGCCCGGUUUCAGUGCACCCUGGUAUCUUUGUUCCAAUGCCAGCAAACAUGGCUAUUCUCUGGGGUUCACUGGGAACUUUGCCUGUCGGGUUGUGGGGGAGUUUACAGCCUCUACCAAAUGUCCUCCUAGCAGGGGAACCACUUCUCCCCAUGGCCCAGAGACCCCUUAA